UUUUCUCUUGUCACUCCUGCUUCGUGUUUGCGCCUCAUUUGCACCUCUUGCUUUUGCAAUCCUGGUUGGCGCUUCAUUUAGUUUUUGGCCCCCUUUUGCCCAUCAGCUUAUCAUCAGAGCUCGCAUUAUUCGUAAGAACUGGCCACGUGAUGAAUUCAUACUGCAAACAAAUAAAGAGGCAGUGUAUCACCAGAGAAACUGCUAACAGCCGCUAACUGCAGCUACCUUUAGCUAGUAAGCUCAUUAACCGUGCAGGUAGCGGUCAUGUUAGCUGACUGCUAACUGGAGCUCAGAGCACCAGGGGAGAGUUGCUGGUGUUAAUUAUUGAACAAUCACCUUCUGAGGUUCACACUGGCCAGGGGCUUGAUGGUUAGCAUGCUAACUUAAGUAGAUAUCUCUACAACACAAUACAUAGAUGCCUCUGAAAAGACAGAAUGUCAACACAUGUACUUCCUCACUUAAUGUUGAUACUUUUCAGUUCAUUUUUAAUGACUUUAAACUAGAAUUCUUGCAAUGACUUAAAACAUGCCUGCAGCAGUGUUUUGGGUUUGGGUCAUCAUCAGGGAAAAUAAAAAAAGCACUUUAACCCCAUAAAGAGGGGCGUGUCUCAUUUAACCAUUUGGCCACUGAUUUCGAGUCAAUGAAUGAAAUGACAUGGAAGCUUUUGAAACAAAUGACAAUUUCUCCUCAAAUAAAAACUGAAAGUAUGGCACAUUUUGAUGAAAAAACAUGAACAAUUGGAGCAACAGUGGGUUUGUGGUCGUGCUAACUCCUCGAUUACCUGUAAGUGAUAACUGAGGAGCACUGUGAGGCUCGGCCUCUGUGGGAGGAGCAGCAACACAGAGAUAUUGAUACGCCACAGGAUGAUCACACACAUCACCCUCCAUCAACAGACUCCUCUUCACAUGAACUUCGUGAGAAACAUUCGUUGUAUUUCAGCUUGAAUGAGGAACUUGAGUGGAUGUUUGUAUUGUCUCUCCUGAGGAUUACUGGAUAAAGAAAUCAUGCUGGUCUUACAGAGCUUUGCAGUUUGGUGUCUUCUGGCAUCAGACCUUCAGUUAUUUGCCACUGCACUGGAAACCUGUACGACAGCCUGGUUUGAUGAGGGGGAUGUUUCCAGCGCAGGAGACUCGGAGCUCUUGAGCGACUUGAGGAGGAAACAUCGGACGAGGAUCUGCUCGAACCCUGUGGACAUGGAAGCUCAGACGGUUUCUGGAGUCAAGUCUCAGUACACGAGGAACACCUUCCACACUCACAGUGCAUCAGAGGGCCUUUUAUGCCUCAACUCAGAGCAGAAAAUAGGACAGUGUGAAGACUACAAGGUCAAGUUCACCUGCAGCGGACAGUUCUGCUCAGAGUGCAAGACUCGUUGGUUUGAUCACGACGACCCAACAAGAAACGGAGACUACGAGGUCCUCAGUGACCUCCAAAAAAUAUACCCGGGAGAAAUCUGCCAGCAGCCGAUGGCCAUCGAGGUCCAGACCGUCUCUGGGGAGCCCGCCUCCAACACCUCUGACACCUUCUUAAACUACGAUGCCACCUAUGGGUUUGCCUGUGCGAACGCAGAUCAGGGGAGCAGGAGCUGUGAGGAUUACAAAGUCAGAUUUACCUGUCCGAAAGAAUUCUGCCAAGUGUCGGAUCAGUGUCGAACACGGUGGCUGAACGGUGAUAACCCGUCAGAGGAGGGCGAUGUGGAGUCCAUACUUCAGUUGCUGAAAACUUUCCCGGGUCAAGUCUGCAGGAACCCGAUCAGCAUCGAAGCCCAGACGGCCAGUGGAAUCUCUGCCAAGCACACCGGAGACACUUUCCUCUCCUACGAUGUCACCUUUGGGUUUGCAUGCAUCAAUGGCAAACAGAAGAGCAAGCAGUGUGAGGAUUAUCAGGUGAUACUGACCUGUCCCUCAGAUUUCUGUCAGGGCUGCAGGACACGCUGGUUCGACUUGGACGACCCCACAAGGCGGGGGGACUACGAGACCCUCCUCCGGGUGCAGACGCUAUAUCCUGGUCAGGUCUGCUCCCAGCCUGUGGCCAUCGAAGCCAUGACGGUGUCCGGUGUCCCUGCGCACCGGACGGGUGACAUCUUUCAAGUAUACGACGCAGCUCGUGGCUUCUCCUGUGUGAACGCUGAGCAGCCCGGUGGAAAUCGCUGCCAGGACUACAAGGUCCGAUUUACAUGCCCACUGGCUUUCUGCUCAGUGUGAAGACUCAGCAGUCAACAUGUUUUCGAGGAUUUACUGUUAAUGCAUGAUGUCAGUACGUGAAACCAUCAACCUGUAUCAUUCUUAGUGUUUGUUACUGUGCAGUGUGCUGUCUUGUAAAUUUCUCAUUUAGUGGAACCUAUUUAAUAUCGUUCCAAGUAAGUGCCAGUCUCUCCUCGGGACAUGGAGAAGAGAGCAAACACACGCAUUUUCUUGUAACAGGGUCUUCAUGUGUUCAUGUCUUUACAAAGUUAAUACAUAUAUUUAGUCUCCAGCCAUCUUUCUUAGAAAACAGGACGUCUGGUUUAAUUACAAAUAGGGUUGCAGCAUCUAUUUUCUUGACAUGCAUGCAGUCGUUUGAUUGACGACUUUCUUGAGUAGAUAUGAGCUCAUAUGCCCUCCCUAGAUCCUGCAACAGUCAAUGAGUGAUCAUGUGGACAAGUGAUUCACUCUCUCUUCUUCCUGAGCCACUUACAAGCCAGUCUUAAGAUGAUUAAUGCACCAUGUACUGAUCAAUUUGUAAAGCCACAAACUUGAUGCUGAAGUUUGUGUAGUUUUAUGCAAUUCAUUCUUAGUCUGUGUUUUCACCUAAGUGCUUAUUUCUGAAUAUUUGAUAUGAAUAAAGUUAAUAUAAAUAAGGAAGUAAGAGCUAUAUCAAGUGUUUGCCUUUGUUAUGGUCAAGCAGGGGUAGUUUUAGGUUGUAAAAUGGCAUUUUUCACCAGGUGCCUGGAUAUUUCUUCAGAAAAUCACGUGUUGGCAGCUAAAGGUCACCUGCAGGAUCAUUUUUCGCAGGACACACUUUAGGUGAGGGUAAAAUAAAUAUAUGACUCAGUCAGUAUUUUUUGGGGAAAAAAAACUGCUUUUAACCUUUCAAAAGAGCCCAAAACCACUCCAGUAACAACAGCUUUGAAUCUACUGUGGGCUGGAGGAGAAGCAGCCUGCGUGUCCGCAUACUUCAGAGAUCUGAAAUGUCAUUGAAUA